GUCGCUCCACCUACCGGAUCACGCCACGUGCUCCGGCCCUCUUCUUCCCUUCCCUCUCCCUCCCCACCACCCACAACACCCCGUCGCUCGACCCUCGACGGGCGGCGCACCCCCCUGCCCCCCCUCCCCCACUACGCGCGCCGUCAGAUGCUGCUGGACCCGGAUGCCGACGCCAAGCCGCACGUGUGCGAGCACUGCCACUGCUCUUCCCACCCGCCAUCUACGCUCGCGCCCACGGUGGUCGUCGCCCCGCCCCCGCCGCAGUACGAGGACUCCCAGAAUGCUAAGACACUUCCCCCGAUCCCUGCAGUCCGCAUCGUCGCCAUCGACAGCCUCAGCCCCGAGCGCAAGAAGCUGUAUGAGCGGUAUUCGCGCACCCUCCGCUGGGUGUUCAUAGCGGCGGGUAUUGCCUCGCUGCUGACGGGCGGGUUCUCGCUGGUGCAGAUUUACAUGGAGGGUACCCAGUUCCCGCGCCUAAACGCGGUGCUUACGGCGUACAGCGCUAUCUCCGGCUCCGCCAUCCUCGCGCUGCUUUACCUCCGCACCAAAGCAACCUCGCUCGUGCUCUCAAAAGCGCGCACACGGACGCUGGUGCUGCUCGCGUUCGGGUGGAUGGUGUUUGCGAUCGUGCUUAUCCCGUACAGCGACGGGUCGUGCGAGGCGUGGCUCGACGACAGCGACACCACGUGCGUCUUCUUCGGCCUUGCCAACGGCCUCGCCGGCCUCUCCACCCUCCUCGUCUCCAUCGCUGCCUAUUUCAGCUUCCGCCAGGAGCGCAUCAUGCGCGCCAACCUCGUAGCACCCGUCGCCGCCGCCGCCGCCGUAUAG